AUUCUACUGGAAAUGAAUCCUCUGACCCUGAUUCUAUAAUUAGUGGGUUGUUUAUAUCUUGAGUUAGUGUUGACUGUGGGAGAAUCUGAAUACACUGAGGACAGGCAAAAGUAGAAUGCGAAAGUCUGAACAUGUAAUACCCAGUUAAGUAUUCUUAAGCAGUUUUCGGUUGCUAUAACUCAGGAAUGGAUAUAAACGAACAUCAUUUACCAAAGGAAUGGGAGGAAAAGUGGAAAGCAGAAAAAGAACGAAGGAGGAAAAUGCAAGCAGAAGGGGGUGAAGGACUGGAGGCGGAAAACAGGAGACUGCAAUGGAUCAAGGCUUAUAACAGCCACAGAAUGGGAGUGAAAGAGUCAAACAUCAAGAGUAAAACAGAAAGGAAGAAAAAUGAAGCGGAAAAUGCAACCGAAUGUGAAGAACAAGGAGAGGAGGAGGAGGAGGAGGAGGAGGAGUUGGAGACCAAGACAUACUACAAACAAUCAUACACUGUGGAGAUUUUCCAGGCUCUGAAAGAGUUCAAGGAAUCUCUGGUCCUUACAGACCUGACUCUUAGCACUGCAGAUGGUAGACGGCUAUGCACUCACUCCUCUGUCAUGGCUGCCGUUAGCACCCUGCUCCGUCAGCAGGUACAACAAAGGGACAAGGCAAAAAAUGCCCAGAAGGAACAGAGUGAAGCUGACCUGAGUUGCCCCGACGAGGAGCUGUGUGUAUCUCUGGGUCCAGAGGUGGAAUUUGCAGGUCUUGCUUCCGUAGUGGAAUUUGCCUAUACUGGCACUAUUCUGGGGCUCACUGGCCACAGAGUAGCUCAGGUUCAGGCUGCAGCUUGUGCACUGGAGGCUUCCAGAGUGCUGGAGCUCUGCAGUGAGAAAGAGGAGCAGCAAUUCAAAGUAGAGGAGGUGCAAAGGGAGAGAAAAAUAGAAAGAAAACUUAAAGAGAGUCUUCAUUGCAUCAGGCAGCUAUGGAUGGAGAAGGUGGGUUGUGAUGUGGAGCUGGAAGCUGAAGGCCAAAGCCUUCAUGCACACCGCGUGAUCCUGGCUGCCUCCAGUGACUAUUUCCGUGCGAUGUUCACCAGUGGCAUGAGAGAAUCCCAUCAGCCGACUAUCACACUCCUGUGCCUGGGCUCUGAGGAGCUGGAAACCCUCGUUAACUGCUCCUACUCUGGGACUUUGCCACUUGGCUGGGAUACCAUUUUCCAGCUUACCUGUACUGCCCUCCAGCUCCAGAUACAACCCGCUCUAUCCCUAUGUCUUGAUUUUUUGCACAGAGAGAUAGAUGCAGACUCGUGUCUGGAUGUGGCCUCUUUUGCUGAAGCUUAUGGGAUGCCUGCACUACAAGAGCUAGCAGAAGACUUCAUUUUGAGGUGUUUUCCAGAAGUGGCAGCCACUGCUAAGUUUCUUGACUUGCCUCCAGAGAAACUUUAUGAAUACUCCAGCUCUGACUCCCUCUGUGUACCCUCUGAACUGGCUGUGUUUCGAGCAAUAGUGGCAUGGAUUGAAGCCAACCCUAAAGAGAGAUUAGGGUUAGCUAAGCAACUCAUGACAGCGGUACGGUUCCCAUUGAUGACGUUCCGGGAGUUCAGAGAGGUGCGAGCCAUCAACCUACGUAUGGAGUGCGAUGGUGAGAAAGAGGUGGACCUGUAUGGUGCGGCAUUGAAGGAGUUUGGGUUUGGCUUAUCUGAUUCUCUACAAAAGUGCAGAGUCCGCCAUCCAAAGGACACCCUGCUGGUUGUCGGAGGAGACCAACUAGACUCGGAUUUUGGGCAACGCCUACCAAGUAGACAGCUGUGGUUCAUUAACUCCCUGCGCAGCCGAACUGGGCUAGUGAAAGAGGUAGAGUGGAGGUUACUGGGGGAAAUGCCAGAUUCUGCCCGAUUCCGACAUGGAUUGGCUGUCCUUGGAGGUCAGGUAUACAUUGCUGGGGGGUGUGACUAUUAUGCAAAGGGCAACACUCUCAAAUCAGCCUACAGGUAUGAUCCUGCACAGAACACCUGGCAGAGGCUGGCAGAUAUGCAUGAGUUCCGCAGCAACUUCUCACUAGUGGUUCAAGGGGAAAAGCUGUACGCCAUUGGAGGAGACAAGGAAAUCAACACUAACUUAGCCACUGUAGAAUGCUACUGUCCUCAUAAAAACCACUGGAGCUUUGCUCAUCCUCUUGAUCAAGCCUCCAGUGGGUAUGCAGCUACAGUUUGGGAAGGAGAGAUCUUCAUAUCAGGGGGAUUCAACUGCAAGUACCAGUGCCUAGUGUCUAUGUCCCUCUACCAACCAGAAAGAGGAACCACCUACCUGAGUGACAUGAGUCAAGAUCGAGCCGAGCACUGCAUGGAGAAACUGGCUUGCCGGCUGUAUGUAGCUGGGGGAAUUUGCAACCUGCGUAAAUUCUACACAGACCAGCUAUUCUGUGAGAGUUAUGACCCAAUGACAGACUGCUGGAGUUCCAUCCCUUCUCUCCCCAUACCCCACGUGGGUGCUGCCUCCGCGGUUCUCGAAGGUAAAAUCUACAUCCUGGGAGGCUACAGCCAAGAGGAUUACAGUGAGUCUGCACUACUGCAUCGGUAUGACCCUGCAAGUCUCCACUGGGAGAACAUGGGCAGAAUGCCCGGACCCAAAACAGAUAUACGAGCCUGUGUGCUCCGGCUGCCACCACACUUAAGAAGCUGAUAAGUAUCCCCCACGCACCCAGACACCCACAAGGGGGAGUAGCUAGAAAUCCUUGGCCUCCUGGCAAAAUGUCGCCCAUGGUCGAUGGAAUUUGCCGACUGAAGGGGGACCCCACAGCCUGUUUUGGGGCCCAUAGAGAGUGCUGGGCCCCCUGAAUCUGCCAAGGUAUCCAUGCCCCUCUGACACCUGUGGCCACAACCAGUUUAUUCGUCUCACAUUAUUUGCUUCAUUACAAUGAUGACAUACUGACUUGUUUGUCUUUCACCAGCAUACACACCCUUCUGCUGUCCUCCUCUGUUUCGUACAUUCAAAGCCUUCUGCAAAUAUGUACCCAGCCCUUAUAUUAUAAUCAGUCUUUAUAUCUCAAGGUUGCUCAGGAAUUUCUUGACUGACGUAAGUAAUCCCUUCUACAAAGCAUUAGGUAUGUCAGAUUUUGUUUAACUGGGAUUUACCUUUAAUAUUCAAAACACCUAAACAAACAUAAACAAACAUAAACAUACUCCAAAAAUAUAGUAGUACUAAUUACUAAUGAAGAUAUAUAAUAUAAUUUAAAAGAUAACCUGUAUAUUUACUUACAGGUGUAUGUUACCAUUUUGUGCUUCCUUUAAUGGUGGUUACUGAUUUACUUAAGUUGGUUGCCAGUCGAGAGUUGCCGGUAUACAUAUGCCCUCUCAUUAAUAAUAUCCUACUUCCACAUCACAGCCACUUUAUCUCAAAGAUAAGCUCGGUUUCGUUCUCUCUGCAUCUGUAUAUAGUCUUCGUAUUUAUUCCUGUGAUGUAGCGCACCACCCCCUAGUGGCAACAAUUUAGCUUGCAGUGUCCUAUUUAGUAAUGAUAGGGCAAAAACGUACUUGUUUUUCUUCGAUAUGGAAGCUCAUAUGGAAGUAUGAUAUGGAAGUAAUUUUUAAAAUCUAAAUAAAGUAAUCUUGUAUCUUGUAAAGUAAACUGUAUCAUUUGUCCAUUAUAAUGUGAUGGAUUUAUUUCAUAUUUAUAUGUUUGUCAUUACUGCGAUGGGCUGGCCCCCCAUCCUGGGUUGUUCCCUGCCUCGUGCCCAUUGCUUCCGGGAUAGGCUCCGGACCCCCCGUGACCCAGUAGGAUAAGCGGUUUGGAAAAUGGAUGGGUGGAUGGAUGUUUGUCAUUAUAUAUCUUAAAAGAAAGUGUUUCGCAUUUAACGUAUAUGGUAACAAGUAAGUAUUCUGUGCUGUAUAUAUUCUGUCAAGUAAUCUGCAGAAAUCAAAUCAAUGAGAAUGAUGGUGCUGAAAGAGUUUUAUAUGAUAAUGCCAACAAAAACACUUUGAUAUUGCAGGGUGCAUACUGGGAACCAUAGAAUAGAAGAAAAUGAGUGACAACUGCUUCAUUUGCUUCACCAUGUCAUUUAUUACCAAUUUUAAAGUUAUUUACGUGGGAUUAAGAAAAAGCACAUAGACCACAGUGUCCAGGUCUGCAGCCAAUUUCUGCUCCCUUUUCACAAUCCAGGGCCCGAUUUGUUUGUCUGUACAUUCUUCACUGUGCAGAUUAUUUAUUGCUGUCCCUCCAUGAGUCUCAUUUAGCUUUUCCCGUUGACCGCCAAUGAAAUAUCGCUCCUCCACUCCUACAUACGUGCCAGGUCCUGCCAGAUGUUCUGCAGGGACUCAUACUUAGGAUAGAAAGAUUUGGGAUGUUGUAAAGGAAGAAACGAUCAUGGAUAAACCAAGAUAAUAAUAAAAGGAACAGUACCUAUAUCUUUCUCUAUGAAAGGCAUUUUCUGCAAGGUGUACAACUUCGAGUCCCAUCAAACCAGUCUGGCUAUGGAUGAUAUUGUGAGCACAGCUUUCAAGUGGGGAGAUAUAUAUUGAAUCCUUGGGUCAGCUAAUACUUGCCCAAUGGCAAGAGUACCUUUAGGAAACUAUAUCUCUUUUGCAGACGUGGAAGGAUGUAUGGAAUAUAUGAAUAUAAACAACUGUGAAUAAGUGAUGCUAUAUAUGGAAGACUGCAUGUUAUGGCAGAACACUUCCCUGAAUGAAUCAUUCGGCUCCGUAUACACUUUAUUUAUAUUUCCACUGUUUAAUAUGAAUCUGGUGGACAUUGUUUAUGAAAAAUGCAUGCAAGUUGACUUCUGUGACAACAAAAUACUCUUUGAACUCUGUCAGGGCUGGGAUCAUCUCUAUGGGGUAUAUUGGUCAUCAAUAUGUCUGAUUCACCCCAUGCUUAUCUUCUAUCUCAAUCAUUUCUUUAUUUCAGGGGCCUUUAGCCUUUUUCAGUUCAGGGUCCCCUUGGUGGAUAGAGAGACGGAGCAGAGACCCCCUCCACACACAUUAUAAUAUUGCUUUACAGAUUAGGGAUAGUCUAUACUAACAUGGGAAUUAUCCAGAGAUGGAAAGUUCAGGUCCGGAAAACACAAAUCCCGACCAAGGUUUU